AGAGCGAGAGAGAAAGAAAGCGUGAGCGAGUGAACGACGGACGAUAUAAUGCCGAACAUAGUCGAAUCGCGACGGAACUGACCGAAGUUCCUAGCCUCUCCCCUUACCGCAAAAAUCAGCUACCCCUCUUCGAAAGGCUCCGUCUACGUUAGUCUAUGGUCUCCUGUGGUUCUAGUCAGUGUUGCCAAUACAGUAGGAAUCCUACUAAGUCUGGUAGUUUUGGGUUAAGUAAAUGUAGGAAAAUUAUACAGGCUGUAGUACGUAGGAAAUAUAGUAGUAUUUAAUUUCUAUGAUUGGAGGAAAGCAAAAAAUAUCCUACUAUUUUCUAUCUUGGCUGUGUUCCUAAAGACGUCUUUAGCGUGUCCUACGACGAUGUGAUUGGUCGACACAAGUUAGGCAUUACGCAAGUUACGCCUCAUGUGACGGCACCCUUAGUGAUUCUUUAAUGUAAUUGGUUCUUGUACUUAGAUCUUUGUUAGAUCUAAAUGCAGAAACCAAUCAUAAAUAAUCACUAAGCGCUCACUGAUUUGUCUGCUGAAUGCAGUUAUUCUAUCUUUGUUCUAUGUUCCACGAAAAUAAAAGAUAGAAUGAUGAAAGUGACAUUUCGAGUGCAGCUAAUAUCUUUAUGAAUUUUGAUAUUAAAUAGUGAAAACAAUUGAAAAUAAUUGUGAGAGAUGGAAACGCAUGUGUUGCGUGUCAAUGCACACUAGUUGUGGCUUCUAUAUGCGUAAUAUGAAAGCUGUGAUACUAAAGUGUAAUAUUAAUGUGAUUAAUAUAUAAGUGUAAAAAUAUAUGUGGUACAAAUUAUCUGGAUAUAGCUGAGAAAAAGAAGAUUAAACAGUUUUUGAAAUUAGCAUAAGGCUACACAAAACAGAAAAGAGCAAAAAGAGAGAAUAAGUUUAUUUUAAUAUACACGUUCCUCAAAAAGAGAGAGAGAGAGAGAGAGAGAGAGAGAGAGAGAGAGAGACAGAAAGACUAUUUUUAUUUCAAUUAAUGUUUAUGAUAGUUUAAAGAUCAUAUUUACUUUAAAUUAAUGAAACAUAGAACACAUUUCUGGAAAUUUUUCUUUGAAGAAUACAACUAACAAAUUGCAAGCAACAUACAUUACUAAUAAUUUUACAGAAAAUAUAAUAAAAGUGAUUACAAAAUGUCAAAGAGGAAAGUUCCUUAUACUCAAAAAUAUCGCAAAGAAUGGGAAUCAGAUCCAUUACUUAAGGAUUGGAUUCAAGAAACUCCAACAGACAAAAGUACAGUGUCUUGUAAAUAUUGUGGCUGCAUUUUAAAAGCACAUCAUGCUCUUCUUGUAGAACAUACUAAGACUUCAAAGCAUAUCAAAGCUGCUGAGCCAUUUUCGAGUCACAGACAAUCAAAAUUGAAAUUUGACCAAGCUUCUACCUAUUCUCUUGAAACAGCUACAUUUGAGUUAAAAAUGGUACUUUUUGUUACAUGUCAUUGUGCAAUAAGAUGCAUUGAUCAUUUAAGUGCACUUACUAAACCUAUUUCUAAAACUAUAAAUAACGAAAUUAAACUGCAUAGAUCAAAAGCUACUGCAGUGUUGAAAAAUAUUAUUGCACCUCAUUUUAAAUCUGAUUUGAGAUUAGACAUAGGAGAUAGCUUUUAUAGCCUUCUAAUUGACGAGUCAACAGAUAUUGCAGUAUUAAAACAAUUAGGAAUUUGUAUAAUUUAUUUUUCUGUAAAAAGGAAAAAUGUUAUUUCCACUUUUCUAAAGCUUGAAUCAUUAGAAGGAGGUGAUGCGCGAUCUAUAGUAAAAGCAAUCAAAGUUGCUCUUACAGAAUAUGGUCUUUCUGUACAAAAAAUGCGAGGUCUUGGAACGGAUAAUGCCUCUGUUAUGAUAGGCGUUAACAAUGGUGUUUUUCGUCAACUGAAAGAAGAAAUACCUCAUUUGUUAUUGAUUCGAUGUGUGUGUCAUUCUAUUCAGCUGGCUAUUUCAAAUGCAGUGGCAGAUACUCUUCCUCGGAAUUUAGAAUUUCUAAUCAGUGAAACAUAUAAUUGGUUUUCAAGAUCUACAGAACGGCGAGAACAAUACAAAAUUCUUUUCAAAGCUCUAAAUGAUGGUUUAGAACCUUUAAAAAUUUUACAAGUAGCAGCUACUCGUUGGCUGUCGAUUGCAAAUGCAGUACGUAGAGUUUUGCAACAAUGGUUGGAGCUCAAAACUCAUUUUUAUUUGAGACGAACUGCUGACAAAUGUUAUGCUGCAGAGCUCCUAUAUAAUAUGUACACGGAUAUUCGUAAUAAGUUAUAUUUUAUAUUCUUGGAACCAAUAUUAAAUGAAACCGAGUCUGUUAACAAGGCAUUUCAAACCAAUAAUGGGGAUCCGGUAAAACUUUUAAAUGAUUUAACUGUUCUUAUUAAAGGACUUGCCCAACGAAUCGUUAUAACUGGAUGUAAAGAAGAUCUUUUAAAAAUUAAUGUAAAAGAUUAUCUUCAUCCGCAUCCAUAUCUUGGUUAUAAAUUCGAAGAAAAAAUGAAGGAAGCCAGAACAAAUAAUUUAUUAACAAUUGACGAUGAAAUACUAAUUAGAACUAGAUGCAUAGAUUUUGUGGUUGCAUUAGUUAGUCAACUUCAACAACGUCUUCCAGAUAACAUAGACAUUCUUCUCAAUAUUUCUCUUCUCUCUCCUGAAAACUCUCUACGCGCUAUAAAACCAUCUGUGAUUCCUCUCGCAAAGUUAAUGAACGAAACAAAAGAUGAUAUAACAAAAAUUGAUUAUCAAUGGUCAAAGCUCUCUUUUAUUCAAUGGCAAAAUACAACAACUACAAUUUCUUUUUGGACUGAAGUGCAAGAAUAUCGAGAUGCAUCUGGCAAAAAUCCAUUUAAGGAACUUGUGGAUUUAGCAUUAAAAUGCCUCGUAUUACCAUGGUCUAAUGGAGAGGUAGAAAGAGCAUUUAGUCAAAUGAAAAUAAUUAAAACUCCUUUGCGGAAUCGUCUCCAUCAAGAUACAGUUAACAAUAUUCUGAUCACACGAGCAGGACUUCGAAGAAUAAAUAAGUGUUGUUUUGAAUAUCAAUUUCCGUCUUCAGUUCUUCAUCAAGUAGGAACUAUGGCAACAUACACGAAACAAAAUAAAUUUUUUGAUGAUGUUCCACAAACUUCUAGCACUUCAAAUAAAGAUUACCAACAGAGAUUAUUAAAUAAUGAUCUUUUGCAAUCUCCGUUUAAAGAAAAUUUGGAUCCAUAUGAUUCAGAUUACGGUUUAGAUUAUGUGCAAUCUUUGUAAUGCGCAAUACAAAAAUUUUAUAUUUCUGAAAUUUUAAUAAAUAAUAUAUUAAAUAAAA